AUGAACUUCCUCAACGCUCUUCUCAUCGCUGGUGUUUCCAUUCAGGCUGUUUCCGCCGCUGCUGACACUUCCUCCAGCACACCCACCACUGACCCUACCACCUCCAGCACACCCACCACUUCCAGCACACCCAGCACUGUCCCUACCACCUCCAGCACUGUCCCUACCACCUCCAGCACACCCAGCACUACUCCUACCACCUCCAGUACACCCACCACUGCCCCUACCAGCGUCCCCACCCCCACUAAACCUGACGAGUCUUCUUCUUCCCCCGCUGCCUCUUCUCCCGCUGAUACUUCCAAGCCUGCUGAGUCUGCUCCUGCUGAGUCUGCUUCUGCCUCUGCUCCGGCCAAGUCUGCCUCUGCUUCUGCCUCUGAGGCUCCUUCCUCUUCUGCCCCUGAGGUUCCUUCUUCCGCUCCCGUUAACAGCACCGAUGUCACUUCCGUCCCUGUCUCCAGCACCUCUGCUCCUAGCAACAGCAGCAGCACCGUCACCACCGUUGUCACCGAGUUCACCACUUACUGCCCCGAGCCCACCACUGUCUGCCCCGGCAACGGCAAGUGCUACACUGUCACUGAGGCCACCACUCUCACCAUCACUGACUGCCCCUGCACCCUGACCUCCACUGUUCCUUGCGUCACCUCUUCUGAGCACGCUGCUGCCACCUCCAAGAAGGCCGGUGCUUCUUCCAAGCACUCCUCUGCUCCCUCCGUUGCCCCCAUUGAGACUUCUGCUAGUGUUGCCCCCGCCAACGGUGCUGCAGCCAACAAGCUCUCUCUCAUGGCCGCUGGUGGUGUUAUGGGUGCCGCUCUCAUGCUUUUUUAA